CGUCACCAGUUGCAACGUAUACCUCUUUUGUAUUAGAAAUAUUUAUUUAUUAAACAGCACUAGUGAUGGCUGACAUAACUUUGAGUCCAUCAGCGUCAAACAAAGUAAAAACUCGAGAAGCAGCGAGGAAAAUUAAACACGGCUCCCCUAAAUUGCAAGAAGUGCUCAGAGAGAGAUGCCGCCAGAGAAUGAAAGAAAAGCGAAGCCAGUUGUUCAAUUCGAGAAGGUUGAAUUUGGAUAAUUCUACCGAGCAUGUACAAGAGACAUUGUUGGAGAUAGUUCGCAGUGAACUUAGUGUUUUGGCAACAUCCGAUUUAGUGGAUAAUGAAGAUUUUUUUCCUGAACCAGAUUAUCCGCUAAACCCAGAUGAGGAACUAGAAUUGGAAAAUAAAAUCAUGGCUGAGGAGGGACUGUGGAUACUAGAAGAAUAUGAACGUCUCAUAUAUAGCGAGGAAAAAAUGUUGGCUUCAUUUGCGGAAGAUCUGGAGGGGAAAGUUGGAUGCCCGGUGUGCGUGAAAGGUGUUCUAACGAAUAUUCAUACGAACAUAGUCUGUAACUUAUGUCAACUGACCUUUCCUGCGACAGUUACUCUCAAAGAUUUAGAACAAGCUAUCUCAGAAUGCGCAAUGUCACACUCCAUAAAUUGUUCUGCCAUACCUUCUUUUGAGUUCCUCCAAGAUGAUAACGGUCGAUCAUUAUAUUUAACGUGUCACACCUGUUCCACGCUCCUUGUAACGAUAUAGACCAAACAUUUUUAAGAACGCUCAGUUAAAAUUUUGUUAAAUAUUGAUAAUUACCACGUAAAGUACAUUCACUCUCAUGACACUUCAUUAUUUAAUUUUGAAAAGAUUAUUGUUUCUAAAAUUGUACCGUAUGAGCAAACAGUUUUUUAAUUAGUCAUCGUCAAGGACGACUUACGAACUCCCUUGGAGUGUACCGAAAACAGUAUUAGUACAAAUAAGAAAUUGACUUUGUAAAUAAGAAAUGUGGUUAAUAAUAAAGUCGUAUUUU